AUGAAUAUACUCGACUUACCUGACGAAAUUUUACUUUGUAUUUUGAACAAGCUGAAUAAUAUUAAUAUACUUUAUUCACUUGUGGAUGUAAAUCAACGAUUUGAUAGAUUAGCACUUGAUUCUAUUUAUAUUCGUGAUCUUGAUUUUACAGCUAAUGAUAAAUCUCAGGAAUAUCGUCAAUUUCUCGAUCGGUUUUGUACAAGUAUCUUACCUCGAAUUCAUCAUCAGAUAAACAAACUUACUCUUGGACACCUUUCAAUAGAACGUCUCCUACAUAUUGUUGAUUAUUCUCAACUCUAUUCAUUAUCACUUAUUGUUUGUGUACCGGAAACCAUUUUAAACUAUUUAAUAGGUGAUACAAUACUUAUUCGUCUUCUUAAUAAACAAAUUACUCAUUUUAAUCUGAAGACCGAGUUUAGAACAAUUGAAUUAUUUGGUAGAUAUGAACCGACUUUGUUUGUAAUGGUAUUAUCAUUUGCCAAAUGUUUAACUGAUUUCACUUUUGUACAAUGCCAUCGAGACCCUUCAACAAAUUCACUUUUUACUGUAUUUUCACCACACUGUGUAUCGUCAACUUUAACUAAGUUGAAAAUUGAUGUCAAUACUCUCGACGAUUGUCUUUAUAUUCUUGAUGGACGUUUCGAUUGUUUAUCGAUAUUAAUUAUUGAUAUAGAAAAAAUUAGACCUCUAUUAUCGAAUAUAGAUACUACGAAACAAAUUUCAAAAUUGAAAUACCUAUCAUUAACUUCGAUUUCACUAACAUCUUUUUAUCAUGAGUUUGUUCCACUAUUUCGUCGAAUGCCAAAUCUCGAAGAACUAACAUUAUUUCUUUUCGUGAAAAGAAUUAAUUCGACUUAUAUCGAUGGCAUUCAUUUAAAUAAUGAAAUUCUCAUUCAUAUGCCACGACUAAACAAAUUUACUUUCAGCAUAACUACUCUUGCUUGCAACAGACAGAGCAAUAUUAUUCUUCCUUCAAACGAUGAUAUCCAACGUAGUUUUAUCGAAAGAAGAUGUCAACAAAUUGGUUCAUAUGCUGAUGAUAAUACAAUGAAAAUUAGAGCUCGAUGUCAUAUUUAUUCACUUCCAUAUCAAUUUCACAUGUUUCAUAAUGUGACUAACUCUUUUAAAGGUGGCAUAUUUAAUAAAGUUCGAUCGGUGAUAAUCAUUGAUGAUAUACGCCCUUUUGAACAUGAAUUUUUCCAAAUUAUCUCACAAUCUUUUCCUUUUCUUGAAACAUUAUCGAUACAGAAUGAUGAACCACAAAAAUAUAAAACAAAUUCAUUUACAUUUAUUACAUUUCCUCAUCUUGCUGUUCUCAAUCUUGAAUUGGCACACAUUGAUUAUGUUGAACAAUUUCUCUUCGAAAGAAAGACUCGUUUGCCUUGUUUGUUACAUCUUACAAUCCAAUAUGAAUCAUUAGUUAUGAUAACAAACAAUUUCACCAAUGAUCCAACACGUCUCAAUUUUACACAAUUGAAAAAUCUUGUUACAGAUAAGUCUUUUAUUCGUCCAGAAAAUUUUCAUUCAUAUUUUCCUCAAUUAUAA